CAGCAGUGAUGACAUACGUUUCCAAGGUUGGAUGUCAUAACACGAUCAAGCACGAUUAAUUGAUUUUUGCUGGUGAUUUUUUUUUUUUUGCGCCAAACUUAUACAUAAGACGUAAGUACUUCUUAUUGUGAGGUUGGCAGCAAUGGAACCCGGAACGUUUCCUUGUUGCGCCUGAACCUACACGGAAGGUUUUGACUGUUACACCAGCUAGCUGUCCCUCCUCCUUCUUACCUGUGCAGUACAGCCUGCAGGAUGGCCCAGGCAGACAGCAAGGUACUGGUUCUGGGAACGUUGGCUGGAGUGGCUGGCAUUGGUUUGGCUGUGGUGUGUUACCAGGGUUUUAGGUCGAGGCAAAGAGGCUCGUGCCCGGGGUCCUACCUCAACCGCCCUUAUGAACCGAGGACCGGCGUCAUGUUGACGGACGGUCCGGGUCUGCCCAGGGGUCAGGCGGAGGUGCUGGAGCGUCUCGAGGCCCUGAUCCAAUGCGUGUCCGAGCUAAAGGAUGAGAUGAAGUCGUUGAAGAAUGCCCUGCCGACACUGCCGGACCAAGUCAGAGAGGAGCUGAGGGCCCGCGAUGUGGCGCGUCGAGCCGGCCCUCUCCACAGGACCACGCCGACGCGAAGGAAAAGGGCUGCAGGCGCCAUCGCUGGGGCCACAGCUGGGGGGCGGAGCUCAGAGGAAGCAGAGAGUGAGGGAGGGUAUAUGACUGCACUGACAGACUCGGAGGAAGAAGAGCUAAGUGAUGCAGAACAGAGGGAUGAAGAGAAACCGGCAGACAAGCUAAGUGUCCUCCUGGAGAGGAUCGACAGUUUACAUCAGGGCUCUGAGUCUGACAAAAGGGGAAGUCUCGACCUCCUGUUAGAGCACAGAGAGGAGUCUGGACAGAACUCAGCGUUUCUUUGGCGGCUCAUCCGAGCUUACUGUGAUGUUCAUGACGUCAGCUCCACUCUGGAGGAGAAGAAGACCCAUGCAGCAACUGGGAAGAAAGUUGGUGAGGAGGCAGUGAGCCUGAACCCCACAUGUGCUGAAAGUCAUCAGUGGUAUGCCAUCAUGUGCGGGAUUAUGGCAGAAUAUGACACAGUGCAGAACAAGAUAAAGAACGGGUACAUCUUUAAGGAUCAUCUAGAUAAAGCCAUUGAACUGAAGCCACAAGACCCCAUGUCCUACUACCUGAUGGGCCGCUGGUGCUAUGCUGUGGCUCAGUUGUCAUGGAUUGAGAGGAAAGUUGCUGCAACAUUAUUUGGAGAGCCUCCAAGUGCCACAGUUGAAGAUGCACUGAACAACUUUCUUAAGGUUGAGGAGAUCCAGCCAGGAUAUUCCAAACCUAACUAUGUGUUUCUAGCUAAGUGCUACAGAGACCUGGGGCAGAGGGACAAGGCUAGGAAGAUGUGCCAAGCUGCUUCUUCAAUGAAUACUUUGUCCAAAGAGGAUGAAGAGGCACAAAAGGAGCUGGACUUACUCUGCCCAGCGCUUGGAGUGUGACUGUGUGUGUGUGUGUGUGUGUGUGUGUGUGUGUGUGUGUGUGUGUGUGUGUGUGUG